UGUCUGGGGACAAGCGGCCCGGAGGAGAAGGUGUAUAUAAGGACCCCGGUGGUCGCCGGCCUGUCACCCCUCUCUCAGCUGGAACCAGCAGCGGUCAAAGUUCCCCUCACCGACAGCCGGAGACAAGCACAGAAUCUGCAGACAUGUGUGACGACGAUGAGACCACCGCCCUCGUGUGUGACAACGGCUCCGGCCUGGUGAAGGCUGGCUUCGCCGGAGACGACGCCCCCAGGGCCGUGUUCCCCUCCAUCGUCGGCCGCCCCCGCCACCAGGGUGUGAUGGUCGGUAUGGGUCAGAAGGACUCCUACGUGGGUGACGAGGCCCAGAGCAAGAGGGGCAUCCUGACCCUGAAGUACCCCAUCGAGCACGGCAUCAUCACCAACUGGGACGACAUGGAGAAGAUCUGGCACCACACCUUCUACAACGAGCUGCGCGUGGCCCCCGAGGAGCACCCCACCCUGCUGACGGAGGCCCCCCUCAACCCCAAGGCCAACAGGGAGAAGAUGACCCAGAUCAUGUUCGAGACCUUCAACGUCCCCGCCAUGUACGUGGCCAUCCAGGCCGUGCUGUCCCUCUACGCCUCCGGUCGUACCACCGGCAUCGUCCUGGACUCUGGCGACGGUGUGACCCACAACGUGCCCAUCUAUGAGGGCUACGCCCUGCCUCACGCCAUCAUGCGUCUGGACCUGGCCGGUCGCGAUCUGACCGACUACCUCAUGAAGAUCCUGACCGAGCGCGGCUACUCCUUCGUCACAACCGCCGAGCGCGAGAUUGUCCGUGACAUCAAGGAGAAGCUUUGCUACGUGGCUCUGGACUUCGAGAACGAGAUGGCCACCGCCGCCUCCUCCUCCUCCCUGGAGAAGAGCUACGAGCUGCCCGACGGUCAGGUCAUCACCAUCGGCAACGAGCGUUUCCGCUGCCCCGAGACCCUGUUCCAGCCCUCCUUCAUCGGUAUGGAGUCCGCUGGUAUCCAUGAGACCGCCUACAACAGCAUCAUGAAGUGCGACAUCGACAUCCGUAAGGACCUCUACGCCAACAACGUGCUGUCCGGCGGCACCACCAUGUACCCGGGUAUCGCUGACCGCAUGCAGAAGGAGAUCACAGCUCUGGCUCCCAGCACCAUGAAGAUCAAGAUCAUCGCCCCUCCUGAGCGUAAAUACUCGGUCUGGAUCGGCGGCUCCAUCCUGGCCUCCCUCUCCACCUUCCAGCAGAUGUGGAUCAGCAAGCAGGAGUACGACGAGGCCGGCCCCAGCAUCGUCCACCGCAAGUGCUUCUAAACGCCUCCUCGGGGUUCGGGGUCCAGACGGACGAGACGCCAAACGCAGCACUGUCGCCCCUGGAAAACUCUGAGACAACGUCCUCUCCCGACACCAGGAGGACACGGGGACAGUUCGGCGUCUCACCUGUACAUAUGCUAUUUAUUCCUUCUUUUAUGUAUGUGAUGUGUUGAAUGCGAAUGAUGUCCGACGUGUGUAUGUGAAAGCAAAGUGAGUGUUGGGCUUCGAGGUAGGACAAACUCCUCCGACUCGGACCAAGUGUGAGGGGAAAAAAACCAAAAACAAAAAAAAGAGAGAUAAAGAAACGAGACAACAAAGCAAAUAAAAGCCAUAUAUUUUCACGUACAA